AUGUCGGUAACGGUCCUCGAGUCUACCCAAGUAGACGAUACUUCGCCAAAUGUUACGUAUGCAGGCGCAGAAUGGACUGUACACACCAAUGUCCAGAGCAUUUUUCACCUUUACAAUAACACAGACACCUUUACGGAUCGACAGGGAGCCACCGCGACUUUAACUUUCUACGGGAAUGCAGUCGAAUACUGGGGUAACCAAGGUCCUUACCAUGGUCCUUGCGACGUCUCGGUCGACGGAUACUACUGCGCUACCGUCAAUAGUCACGCCAGCGUCGACGACGACCCGAUAUUGCUCUGGUCGAGUAGCGGUCCAAAUGGGAGGUCGCUAGACCUUGGUAUGCACACGCUAGAGGUCAAGGUCAAGGACGCGUCCUACCCAAACGUCUGCGAAAUUGAUCGCUUUGUUGUUAAUGUCACGAGAUCGUCUGGAGGCACAUCUGGAGGUAGCAGCGCGACUGUAGCAGGUAACGGUGGUGGUUCGACGAACCCCCCGACCGGCAAGAGUGGUCCUCCUGUCGCAGCUAUCGCUGGUGCUGUGGGUGGUGCAGCUGCGCUUGCUUUACUGCUCCUCGCUUGGUGGUGGUUCGCCCGACGCAGGAAGCAAAAGGAUCGACUUUCCCAGCAAAUCGAUGCGAUUGACGACAAGAGAGCGACUCUGCCUACUCUAGCACCCGGACAUGCCACUAAACCUUCGCCCAGAACCGAAAAGCCUGGCUUUGGACCAGGCGGCGGGCAUCCAGGAGAUCCCACGUCGGCACUACUUGCCACUCCAGUAUCUACACCACCGCCUUCGACUGCGUCCUACACGCAACAUCAUUUGGCAGCCGGAUUUGAUGCUCGUGCAACGUCGCCGCCCGCCUCGACAGUCAGCAGUGGCUAUUUGAAUCCGCACGCAAGCCCGCAGCCUACUCCACGGCCAAUGUCCGUGGUAUCCAGCACGAGUGGUGCACCCACAAUGUCUCAGUAUUCGAGCGGAGCUUUCACGAGCGAAACAGCGGCUUUCCCAAUACCGGGCUUUGUUCCGCAUCAGCAACAACAGUUCACGAACCAAUCCGUUCAUACAUCAGUUCGGCACGACGUGCAACAGCAAUCAUAUCCAGAAGAUUCGCAGAAUCCAGUUUGGGCUGUUCCCCUUGGUACACAGUCACGACCACUUUCACCCGCGUCUUCAUCUCAGCCGACUGCCGCUACCGCCGCGACGAAUACUGUUGAUCCAGCCACUCAAGGUGGAGGCUCCUCGGCUUACCCACCAGAAAAGGCGCAGUACAGAGGUACGGCGGCGUAUCCGCCCGAAAAGGCACGUUACAGCGGUCCCGCACUGAGUAGUACCUCUGGUGCGGGAGGAUCGGGCUCAAACGUUGCGGCUACAUCUGGUUCCGGACCGUCGACUGCUGCUCCAACGAGCAAUGCGCAGGACAUCAUGAAUCCAGCCGUCCCCGAGGCACCACCGCCAGCCUAUUCUUGA